UUUUCCUUUUUGUCCAGAAUGUUCUUACAGUUACCAUCUCUCUUUUAUUUUCUACAUUAUGAUUCACGUGGUUUAUUGUGGAGGUAAAUAAGAUAAAAUCUUGGUGUGUGAACUGUGGUGAGUAGAUAGACGAGGUAGGUCCAAAUUAAUCAACCAAGGCCCAAAAUAAUAGCUAUAAAUAGAGCAAGGAUUCUCGAGCUCAAACCACACUGCGAAUAAAAAAAAUCAGUAUAAGCUACCCAGUGACGAGUCUGUCUGUCUCUCUCUCUCUCUUUCUCCCUCUCAGUCUCCAAAGCUUUAUUAUACUUCAUCACCAUGUUGAACGGAGUCCAAGGUGUCGUUUCGAAAGUGGAGAGUGUCGUUUCUAAUGUGCACCACCACAUUGAGGGCGAGGUUUCGGGCAUCUUCACCAUGUCUGACAAGAAAAUCAUUGACCUUGUCUAUGACACUCAUGUCCAUGCUGAUGAUUCCUUCGAUGAAGACUCCCUUUUCGUCAUCGUCGAAAACGUUCUUAAGCGCUCCAACCAAAUUAUUGACAAAAUUGUCCAGGGUGUUCACGUUCAUGUGGAAAAUAUUGAGGAGAAGUUCAGCAAAGCUAACCUCAAUGUUCCCUUGUGCACUCUCAAGGCCAUUAACAACGAGUUAUGCUGCAAGGCUCCAAACGUGGAAACUGCUCACAAAACAGUAGUGGAGAUUCUCAAGAAGCUGUCCAACUAUUCGUGGGAAGCAAAGGCGGUGUUGGCUCUUGCAGCCUUUGCUUUUGAGUUUGGUGACUUCUGGCUCAUAGCUCAUCUUUACAAUUCCGACCCAUUGGCCAAACAAUUGGGUGUUCUCAAAAGAGUGCCUACUCUCAUCAAGACUCCUGAGCUAGUGAAACGCCGCCAAGCAAUUCUUGAGCUCAGCAGCCUCAUCAAUGUCACCAUGAGAGUCAUCGCUAUCUUUGAUGAGUUUGAGAAGCUCUCUGCUUAUGACAUCAAAGACAUUCCCGGAUUGUCCAUUGCCUUGGACCAUAUGCCAGUCGAUGUUUAUUGGUCAAUUCUAAGUAUUGCAGCUUGUUCUACCAAGCUCAAUAUUCUCAUAAGUGAUCAGCCAGACAGAGCUUUUGAUUUGGCUCCCUACACUCAAAAAAUCAGCUUCGUCCUCAACCAGCUCACUAUGCAGUUGAACGUAUGCAGAAGGCAAUUGACUGAGGCCGAGACUUACAGGAGGCUUUGUAAGCUCUUCCGUACUCCAACUGAAAUCAUGGAGAUUUUCAAGGCCUUGAUUUUUUACAGUAAGGAUAGUGUAAGGCCACUUAUUGAUGGUUCCACAAACAGACAGGUGAACAUUGAUGUCCUGAGAAGGAAGAAUGUGUAUAUGUUCAUUACUGGGCUAGACAUAACAGAUGAAGAUAUUUCUAGUCUGAAACCGGUGUAUGACCUGACAAAGAAAGAAAGAGUAAGCUACACAAUCGUGUGGAUUCCAAUUGUGGAGCAGUGGACCGAUGAGCUGAAAAAGAAGUAUGAGAGUUUGAGGAUGAAGAUGCCAUGGUACAGUUUGCAUCUAUUUAGUCCAAUUGCAGGGCUUAGAUUUGUCAAGGAACAAUGGGAAUACAAGGGCAAGCCUAUGCUGGUAGUGACUACUCCUCAAGGGAAGGUUGAGAACCUCAACGCACUUCAUCUUAUUCGUGUUUGGGGUAUCAAGGCCUUUCCUUUUGAUAAAAAAGCUGAAGAAGUCGUGCACAUAGAAACCAAUUUCCUUCCUGGUGUCCUAAACAACGUUCAUCCAAAUUUAGCGCAAUCGGUGAAAGAUAAGGAGAAGUACACCUUCAUUUACGGAGGAAAAGACAACGAUUUCAUCCAAACAUUCACCAAAAAAGUCACUGCUCUUCAGAACGAUCCCUUCAUCAAGAGUGCCAACAUUAACAUCGAACUGUUUUGCGUGGGAAAGACAGCCAAAGGAGGAGAAGACCAUGGCAUUCUAACCAAGUUCUGGGAGGGAAUAGAGAGCUUGUUCUUCACCAAGAAUCACAAAGACACUGACCCGGUCACUAAAGAGAUUCAAAAGCUUCUUUCUUACAAGAACGAAACUGCCUGGGCAAUUCUGGCCAAAGGUUCUGCAGUGGUGACAUCCGGCCAUGGCUCUACCGUCCUGAAAGUGGUUGAGGACAUUGAUCAGUUGAAGGAAGUGAUUAAGGUGAAGGGAUCGUUUGAAGUUGCUUUCACAGAGGUUCACACAACGGUCACUCAAACUGUUCGCCACUGUAUCCGUCUUGAUGUUCCUACCGUUGCUGGGAAGGUUCCUGAUAGCAUGAAUUGCCCAGAUUGUCGCCGUGCCAUGGAGACUUACCUCAGUUACAAGUGUUGCCACAUCGAUGGUCCCCUCAAUGCUCAUCACUAAUAAUGGAAAUGUGUGGCUGUCUCUCUUUCUAUUUGCUAUUAUCUACCAGACCACUACUACUGUCACGUUCCCAGUACACGCAUGGGUAAUCAAUAGCUAUCUGCUAUCAUAUCUAUCUAUAUAUAUAUAAUAGUAACUAAAAUAAGAUUGGCUCUUGUAGAUGCCAACACAUCAUACCUCUGUUCUGUUCUGUUCUGUGUGUUUCUUUGCUGAAAUUAUUAUGUAAGAACUUUACAUGCAUGUGUGUAAUAAAGACAGCUUUUUCAUAUUA